AUGGCGCUGUUCACCCAAUUCGCAAGUCUCCCUCCUGAACUCCAAGACCUAGUCUGGGACCACGCAGCCGCGCUCUCGCCAUGCCUUCACUUCCUCCAGAAGCUCCCAGACACCGACUGGAUAGACUGGGACAUGCAUCUCGUCCCAGACCGACACCAAUCCGCCGACCUGAACCUGCGAAAUCUUUCACUCACCUGCCACGACGCCCGCUCCGCUGUGAUCCGCCACAUCCGGGCCAUCGAGCAUAAGACACUUGUGCCCAUGCCUAGAUAUGGCAGCCCGCCUGCGCCAAUGACCAACCUGACCCUCGACCUGGCCACCGACCUCGUCUGCUUCGGAGGAGCGGAUGCUGGAGCAAAGGAAACCAUGGCGGCGGCGGACUGGGCUGAUUUCGAACACAUCGUUUUCACGGGCGCCCGCCAGUUCGCGGUCAGGUAUUUUCGACCUGGGUGGAACGUGUGGGGGAAUUCGGAUGACGACGAGGGGGUCGGACUGAGCCUUGAGGAGUUGCAGGCUAUGUGGAGGCAUGAGUGUAAGCACUGGACACAUGUUGGGGUCGCGGGCGGGCCAGAACCUGACGGGCCCGAUGGCGAUGAGGAAUUGAGGAGGAAUUUGGAAAUCCAGUAUCCCGACUCUGACCCGCCGUUUUGCGCGCGGUGCGUGGCCAAUCUGAUAAGGAGGUUUGAGAAGCUGGAGGAGUUUUGGCUUAUUGUUGAUCCGGACUUCCUGGACAUGGUGGGCGCGGCGGAGGAUAGAAAGGGUGAUGAAACCAGACUCAAACAGCUUAUGGCCGAGGAUGGGAAAGGGACUGAAAUGCCGGCCACUGAACCAACAAAGCACCGGAUUUUUCACUCGUACAGCCGAACAUAUGUCAGCCUGGACAACCAUGGCUCGAGAAGUGAGCUGAGAGGGCCGAUGAGGGCUUUGCAGGCCAUAAGAGACAACUUGGUUCGUCUGCCAUCCCUCGGUCCCCCGUCUGCUUUCAAGUUGAUGUGA